GCUCACUGGCAGGGGAAACUUUAGCGUGAAGUGCAGCAUUGGUUUUGUCUCGGGGAGCGGAGCUUUCUUCUCUUUUCCCUUCUCCCUUUGUGAGCACUGAAGACUGUAGCAGUACUCUCCUUUUAAUUUCUCUGCGAACUUGUGUGAAGCUCAUUCAAUUUUCCUGAGUAUGUUAAGCAGCACUGGGAGAUGCCCUUAAACAGAGUUGUGGAAAAGAGCAGCAUAAAACAGACAGCAGAGAUGAAGCAUGCCUUGCAGAUCAACUAAGACAGCCCUGGGAUCCUUGCAAGCGCUUCCUUCCCUGCGUUCUUGGAGCACGCCACAGUAUUAUCAAGUCUCUUGCAGCAAUGGAUUGUCUGUGAAGUCAAAACCAGUUCAGCUCUUUUAGAAGAUCUUGCGUCAUUAAUUUAAACUAUCAAUGUGAAGCAAAAAUGGCUGUCUAGAGCAAAAUGCGUAAGACGGAAAAAAAUUGGAGAAGAAAGUAUUGAAUCAUUUGAACAAAGCUUUGAAGCAUUAAAAUCUGGAAAAAAAGUAUCAAGCCCUGAGAAGUCUAAUAAUGAAUUCUGGAGUUGCUAUGAAAUAUGGAGAUGACUCCCCUGCAGAGCUGAGUGAGCUUCAUUUGGCAGCCCUGGCAUCACUAAAGGGAGACAUAGUGGAGCUUAAUAAACGUCUACAACAAACAGAAAGGGAGCGUGACCUGUUGGAAAAGAAAUUGGCAAAAGCCCAGAGUGAACAAUCCCACCUAAUGAGAGAGCACGAAGAUGUGCAGGAGAGAACAACACUACGCUACGAGGAACAAAUCACAGAGCUGCACAGUAUCAUUGCUGAAUUAAAUAAGAAAAUUAAUCGGCUACAGGGAACAAUAAUAAGGGAGGAAGAUGAGUAUUCAGAGCUGCGGUCAGAGCUCAGCCAAAGCCAGCACGAGGUUAACGAAGACUCACGCAGCAUGGACCAGAAUUCUGUUUCAGUACCAGAGAAUCAGUCCAUCGUGGUCACUGCAGACAUGGAUAACUGUAGUGACUUGAAUUCCGAACUGCAAAGAGUGCUGACAGGUCUGGAAAAUGUCGUCUGUGGGAGGAAGAAAAGCAGCUGCAGUUUGUCAGUGGCAGAGGUGGACAGACAUAUUGAGCAACUCACUACUGCCAGCGAACACUGUGAUUUAGCCAUUAAGACUGUGGAAGAGAUUGAGGGCGUAUUGGGACAUGACCUUUAUCCAAAUCUAUCUGAAGAGAGAUCUCGAUGGGAAAAGGAGCUAGCUGGCUUACGGGAAGAGAAUGAGAGCCUCACAGCCAUGCUGUGUAGCAAAGAGGAGGAGCUGAACAGGACCAAGGCCACGAUGAAUGCUAUUCGUGAAGAAAGAGACAGACUGCGUAGAAGGGUUCGGGAACUGCAAACACGUUUGCAAAGUGUGCAGGCAACAGGCUCUUCCAGCCCAAGUCGUCUCACUUCUGCCAAUCGACCCAUUAACCCCAGCACAGGAGAGCUGAGCACGAGCAGCAGCAGCAAUGACAUUCCCAUAGCCAAGAUUGCUGAAAGAGUGAAGUUGUCAAAGACAAGAUCAGAGUCUUCAUCAUCUGAUAGACCUGUCUUAGGAUCAGAAAUCAGCAGCAUAGGGGUGUCUAGUACUGUGGCUGAACAUUUGGCACAUUCCCUCCAAGACUGCUCAAACAUCCAGGAAAUCUUCCAGACUCUUUAUUCACAUGGAUCUGCUAUCUCAGAAAGUAAAAUCCGAGAGUUUGAAGUGGAGACAGAGAGACUAAACAGCCGUAUUGAGCACUUGAAAUCCCAGAAUGACUUGUUGACAAUAACACUGGAAGAGUGCAAGAGCAAUGCCGAGAGGAUGAGCAUGCUUGUUGGGAAGUAUGAGUCGAACGCCACAGCCCUCAGGCUUGCACUGCAGUACAGUGAACAGUGUAUAGAAGCAUAUGAGCUCCUGUUGGCAUUGGCAGAAAGUGAGCAGAGUCUUAUUCUUGGGCAGUUCAGAGCUGCAGGUGUUGGCUCCGUUGGGGACCAGACAGGUGAUGAAAACGUCACCCAGAUGCUCAAGAGAGCCCAUGACUGCAGAAAGACAGCUGAGAAUGCAGCAAAAGCCUUGCUGAUGAAACUAGAUGGGAGCUGCGGAGGAGCCUAUGCAAUCACUGGCUGUAGUGUGCAGCCCUGGGAAAGCCUAUCAUCCAACAGCCACACAAGUACUACCAGCUCAACUGCAAGCAGUUGUGAUACAGAAUUUACAAAGGAGGAUGAGCAGCGGCUGAAGGAUUACAUCCAGCAGUUGAAAAAUGACAGGGCAGCAGUGAAACUGACAAUGCUGGAGCUGGAAAGCAUCCAUAUUGAUCCCCUUAGUUAUGAUGUUAAACCUCGUGGAGACAGCCAGAGGCUGGACCUGGAAAAUGCGGUCUUGAUGCAGGAACUUAUGGCAAUGAAGGAGGAGAUGGCAGAGCUCAAAGCACAGCUUUACCUGCUAGAGAAGGAGAAGAAGGCAUUGGAAUUGAAGCUGAGCUCUCGAGAGGCCCAGGAGCAGGCUUACCUUGUCCAUAUUGAGCACUUGAAGUCUGAAGUGGAAGAGCAAAAAGAGCAGAGAAUGAGGUCGCUCAGCUCAACCAGCAGUGGAAGCAAAGACAAAUUGGGCAAGGAAUGUAGCGAUGGCACUGCAACACCGUUAACACUGGCUGAACUGAGGCCCUACAACGAGAGUGAGCUGGCUGCUGAGCUGACGAAUGCACUCAGAAGGGAGAAGAAACUAAAAGCUAGAGUGCAAGAAUUAGUGAGUGCUUUGGAGAGACUUACGAAGAGUAGUGAAAUCAGACAUCAGCAGUCUGCAGAAUUUGUUAACGACCUCAAAAGGGCAAACAGCAACUUGGUAGCAGCUUAUGAAAAAGCAAAGAAAAAGCAUCAAAAUAAGCUGAAGAAACUGGAAUCACAAAUGAUGGCCAUGGUGGAGAGACAUGAUACACAAGUAAGAAUGCUCAAACAAAGAAUAGCUUUACUAGAAGAAGAGAACUCUAGACCACACACCAAUGAAACUUCACUUUAAACGCAUCUCUUUCAAAGAUGCUUUGUGCCAUUACAAAUGUGUUUUUGUUUUGGAGACUGACUUAGGUAGCUUCAAAUGCUGAAAGCUCUGUCAAUGCUGACACACUUAACCACCUUCUCUGGGAUCCCAGAGAGGUGCUAUGGGGAUAAUGGAAGUGGGGAUAAUGUAAGUGUUAAUCUUAAGGACUGUUUCAUAAUGUAAAAUGGCAGUGCCUGAAUUAUCAUACUAUGAUUAUGUACAUUAUCUGUGUCAUUAUGUCUAUAUUCAUACAUCUUCUCUUCCAUUUUAUGUAUGUACUAUGGCUAACAGUGACACAUAGCAAAAUAAUUAAUAUUAAGAGGUUUUAAUUUGGGCAGUUUGAAGAUAAUUUGAGAGCUCUCCCAAUCCCUGUGCGCACAACACUCUGUAUUGUACCCUCAAGACUUGCUGCUGUGGUUAAAUCAACUAAAUAGACACUUGCAGAGUGGGGAGAUAGGCUGGCUUUCCUUUUUGCACCAUACUUGCAGUACUGUUGUUUAACUGCAGAUCCUUCUGUUGAUUUGGAAGAGCCAAACAUGCUAGUUGUAUCUCUGAAAACUAUGAUAAUGGUGUAUUUCUUACAGUUUGUAAGAGCAGUAAAGGCUGUUUCACCAUACCAGAAACAGUCUGUGCCAAGGUUGGGUAAGAAAUUGUAGGAGUCCUCCUGGUAUUUUAUAUUGUGUGGUGUUUGCAGUUACUUUAUGAAACAGUUGUUUUUUGUUAAUACAUUUUAGACAAGGUUUUCUUUAAGAAGCUGGGCCAUUUUUGUCAUGCGCAUAAUGCUUCUGAACAGCUUUCUGUGAUCAAGAGGCAAAAUGUUUUCUUUUUAUACUUGUUAUAACCAAAAAAGGUACUUACUAGGAAUGUACCUCUUUAAUAUUGAAUAUGUAGGCCCAAAAUUAUAAAUGUGUAGGUGUAUAGAUAUAUAGCCACAAACAGAAUGUGAAUAUUUAAGUCUUCAUACAGCUUCUUAGGUUACUUUUCAUUAUUUGCUAACAUUGUCUUCUUUUGCUAAAGUCACAUCAUUUUUUUAUGGUAUUAUGAAACUGCUGGAAUUGAAACUGUUGGCCUGUUAUGGUAAUGAGCAUUAAGCAAAGAAAGUGAUCAUGUUGACUUCUCUAGGGAGCAAAACACAGGAGGAGUCUGCUUUUUGACUGAGUUCAUAAAGCAGUUUCCAUAUUUGUUUUUAACAUGCCAAACUAGAGUCUAUGUUAUUAGCCUGUUACUGUUUUACACUUCUACUUUGCAUUUUUCAGGCUCUGUUUGAGUUAAUUGGAUUUCAGGAGUUGUCUAUCCUUUACAUGUUGAGUUGUACUGCAGGUUCUAUUAGUGUAUUUAGAAUUAUGAUCACUUUUCUCAUUUAUUCCUCCAAUUUCUAGUACUAAGGAGGUACAUGUAGUUUGCUUGAACUGGUUUUGUGUACUACUGGCUUAGGCCAGACAGACAAAAUAGUUGUGGGAAUCUGUGUUCCAAAUAUGGCAUUAUUGUUAAGUCUAGGUUACAUCUGAAACUAGCAGUUGGUGUUCAUGACAUCUGCAUUUCUUAGGGCAGUGAUUCCUGCUUCUCUAGAAUCUGAUACAUCAGCUACAAAGCCAACAUGUUAUGUGAUUAUUCACAACAGCAACUUAAAAUAAUGACCAUUUCAAAAUCAAGUUCUAGGUAUUGAAGCCUUGAGACUGGUUUUGAUCAGUCCUCUGUCUCAAGGUAACUGCACUUCUUAAUUUAUAAUGCAAACGAAAGUUUGUGCAAACCAGUCUGUUGAGGGAGCAGACACAUUGAUUUCUAUGUUGCUAAGUACCUGUCUAUGGCAUUUCCUUUUUUGGCCAACAAGUUUCUCCCCAUGAGGUUUUGCCCUGAGCUUCAGUGCUAGCUGAUCACACUCAUUUCUGAACAGAAGGAAAAUCAUCCAUUGUGUACUGUAGAAAAAAAUACAAUUAGUUUUGUCUUCUUUCAUCCGAAACACCCACAUAAUUCAAGGUAAUCUCAAACUCUGUGAAAUACCUUUCACUUAUGGUGACUAGAAACCACUGCUCCACUGGAUUUCCUCUUAAGCUCAUUUUUUUUUCUAUUUCUUGGUAGCAAGGGAGGCUGUUAACACAAUGAAGCUUAAGGUAUUUGAAUUGAAACCUGUCUUUUAAAUAAAUAUACAAUUAAGAAAGAAUAAAAUGCACGUGGGUUUAAAGGCACAAAAAGCUGUGGUGUCCCUCAGUGCCUCUCUCAGGCCUAAUGAUUUGCUGAUUCUACGUAAGUUGACCAUUGUUUUAUUACGCUUACUGCGUAUCUUCCCUGCCAACUGUGCUCUCAAAGUGUUUUAGCAUAAAGUAUAAAACAUCAGUGAAUGUAAGCCACUUUGCCUUUUUUCCCAUACAGGUUAUAAAUGAGAAAGCAGAACUAGUAUCAUACAGCCUCAGCAGUACCCAUAGUUUGCCAGAUCACCAGUUAUUUUGCUUAAAAAAGCACCUAUUUCUUCAUUUCUUGGCCUGCUGGAGAAAUGUUUCCUCAAUAGGGAAGUGAUGAAAGGCUUACUGCUAUUGUGAAAACUGUUUCAUAUUAACAAUUAGCUGCAGUUCCUGUGUACCUGUUAAUACCUGUUAAAAAUGGCACCAACCCUGAGAAUAAAUGCCAAAAAACUCCUUUUUUGCAGCUGUUUGAAAUAGCAGCACACCCAGCCUAUAGAUGAGCAUGCAAAUCACCUUGAGUCACAGGAACCUAACUCACUUAAGACAUUGCAGAAAAAAAUACCUUUGCAAAGCAAGGAAAAAAGGUGGUUCUUGGCAACAGAACCAAGUUGUUCACUCAUUAAUGUUAGGGUGUUCAGUUUUUGUUUUGUUUGUUUGUUUUUUUUUUCUAAGUCACUAGAGUGCAUGAAACUUUGUAUUUCACAGUGUGUUUAGAAAAAAAAUAGUACUGUUUUUUUCUAAUUGUAUAAAUCUUCACCAGCUUGAAUGUAUUGUUAGCUAUUGCAAAGCACAUGUGACUAAGUUUGCAUUAAUUUCAGUAUUGUUCUACUGGUUUUAUUAGGAUUUACUCCUCCUUUAAUACUGUACCAUACAUUGUAAUUUUAGAAACUUUUCACCUUACUGAAUCAGCUUUAAAUGUGUGCUGCUUUUUAGUUUCCUAGCUGCUGUAAAAAUAGCUAUUUUGUGUUUAUUUGAUAUAGAAUUUUAAAAACUGCAUUUAUUUAUACAGAGACAUUUAUAAUACUUAUUUUACAAAUGUUCUUAUAUUCUGAAUAAAUUUCUAAUGCUGUUUCUUUGCCUUGA